AUGUCCCUUGCAUCAUCUGCUGUAUUAAUUCUAUUACUGAUAUUGACGGCUAGUACAAUUAGCUCUGGAGAAGAAUAUGCCGAAAAGCCAUGUCUCGUAGAGUUUCCUCGAAAAUUUCAGGUCACGACGGGGACCACCAUUCCUAUGCGGGAUACUCCACCAAUUGCACAGAGCGGCGCCAUCUACGUCGACGCUGACGCGGGAUUGGUGCGUAUAGACCAGUUUUACCUGGGUUGGCAGCACAGUUUUCUGGCGGAUCUCAAAAAAAAGAGAGCCUAUGUGCUUGAGGGUACCUACACCAAUGCAUCCACCAAAGAAUCCAAUGGGUUAACCUGCAGAGUUUUCGCUACAAAAGGCGCUAUCCAACCUCAAUGUGUGCCGGCCUUCUUCGCAACACACGCCGAUCAAUUCAUCGUUCGCGGCGUACCCGUAACGCUCCAUACCGGCUUUGAUCGUGAGGAUGGCUGCUUACUUCAGAUUGACUAUUACACUUUGGAUACAUUUUUAUUUUCCUCUGGUGAGCUCAACAAAUUCACCAUCCCCUGGCGCAUUGAAACACGAAUACGGCCAGGUGCAGAAUUGCGAGAGAUCACAGGCUCCCCUUUCUUCAUGCCAAAUUGGCGAUACUUUGGCCAGCCGAUGUUCGACGAGUUGGCGUUCCCCGCUUCGUCACAGGGAUUCAGUAAAGAGCUCUUAUCGUGGGUCUCAGAGUAUGACGCCGUGACGGUUGAUUUUUAUAACUUUGUCCCCCACACACCCGAUGCUAACAUAUUUAUAGUUCCACAAGAGUGUGCUGAAGCGGAGAGUGUCUGGGAUAAAGCAAAAGAAUCAACCAUAUUUGAAGAAGAAAAAGACGAGAGAAGUGGAAAAAGUAAUUUACAGAUGAUCAUGGCUCAUCGCCUCCUUAUCGAGUGGAGUGUCUCUUCAGUGGCGCAACAUGCUGAUGGCUAG